UAAAGGGCUGGGGCUCAGCCGGGCAGGUUUAAAGUGUUGAAGCUGUCAGACCGCACUGUCAAAGCGGAGGAUCUGGAUCAAGAGCGGCAGGCAGGCUGAGACCCGGGAGCUGGCCCAAAGCCAAGGAUCUGAGUCCCAGCAACUUCUCUGAGAAGCUGUUUCAGCAAAUACCAGUAAAGAAAGACGAAAGUCAAGAGAAUUUAAAGCAGGAUGCUGCCCAUCACCGACUCCCUGCUGCACCUGCUGGGGCUGGAGAAGACGGCCUUCCGAGUGUACGUCCUGUCCGCUCUGCUGCUCCUGCUCCUCUUCUUCAUCUUCCGCCUGCUCCUGCAGGCAUUCAAAUUAUUCAGUGACUUCCGAGUCACCUGCCGCAGGCUGAGCUGCUUCCCAGAGCCUCCAGGCCGACACUGGCUCCUGGGUCACAUGAGCAUGUACCUUCCCAAUGAGAAGGGCCUUCAAAAUGAGAAGACGGUGCUGGAUACCAUGCAUCACGUCGUCCUGGCCUGGGUCGGACCUUUCCUGCCUCUCUUGGUGCUUGUACAUCCCGAUUACAUCAAGCCUGUGUUGGGUGCCUCAGCCGCCAUUGCACCCAAGGAUGAGUUUUUCUAUAGCUUCCUGAAGCCUUGGUUAGGGGACGGACUUUUGAUCAGCAAAGGGACCAAAUGGAGCCGGCACCGCCGUCUGCUCACACCCGCCUUCCACUUUGACAUCCUGAAGCCCUACAUGAAGAUUUUCAACCAGAGUGUGAACAUCAUGCACGAUAAAUGGAGGCGGCAUCUGGCAGAGGGCUCAGUGACCUCCUUUGACAUGUUUGAGCACGUCAGCCUCAUGACCCUGGACAGCCUUCAGAAAUGUGUGUUCAGUUACAACAGUGACUGCCAGGAGAGAAUGAGCGAUUACAUCUCUUCCAUUAUCGAGCUGAGCGCUCUGGUGGUGCGGCGUCAAUACCGCUUGCAUCACUACCUGGAUUUCAUCUACUACCUCACAGCCGACGGGCGACGCUUCCGUCGGGCCUGCGACACGGUGCACAACUUCACCACUGAAGUCAUCCAGGAGCGGCGGCGGGCGCUGCGCCAGCAGGGCGCCGAGGCGUGGCUCCAGGCCAAGCAGGGCAAGACCUUGGAUUUCAUAGACGUGCUGCUGCUGGCCAAGGAUGAGGAGGGGAAAGAAUUAUCUGACGAGGACAUCCGGGCUGAGGCAGAUACUUUCAUGUUUGAAGGUCACGACACCACUUCUAGUGGGCUGUCAUGGGCACUGUUCAACCUGGCGAAGUAUCCAGAGUACCAGGAGAAGUGCCGGGAGGAGAUCCAAGAACUCAUGAAAGGCCGAGACCUGGAGGAGCUGGACUGGGAUGACUUGACACAGCUGCCCUUUACCACCAUGUGUAUCAAGGAGAGUCUUCGCCAGUUCCCCCCUGUGACCCUCAUCUCUCGACGCUGCACAGAGGACAUCAAGCUUCCAGACGGACGAGUCAUCCCCAAAGGAAUUAUCUGCUUGGUCAGCCUCUACGGAACCCACCACAACCCCAUAGUGUGGCCUGACUCUAAGGUAUACAAUCCUUACCGUUUUGACCCGGACACACCCCAGCAGCGCUCUCCGCUCGCCUUCGUUCCCUUCUCAGCAGGUCCCAGGAACUGCAUCGGGCAGAGCUUCGCCAUGGCAGAGAUGCGUGUGGUCGUGGCUCUGACACUGCUGCGCUUCCGCCUGAGCGUGGACCGAACCCGCAAGGUGCGGAGGAAGCCGGAGCUUAUUCUACGCACGGAGAACGGCAUUUGGCUCAACGUGGAACCGCUACCCUCGCUGGCCGGAGUGCGCUCGGGCUCCGCAGGUCCUGGGGUUCAGGCUCCGCCCACUCAGGCCUAGACCACGCCUCCAAGGACCUGGAUCCGCCCCCAAGACUUUGAGGGCGUUGACCACGCUCCUCGAAAGAACUGGAGGACGAAGCUUUGCAGAGGAGCAUCUCGUUGGUGCUGACUUCGCCCCUCAGGACAAGACAAGACCCCACCCUUGGGAUUUGAUUCCACCCCUUGAGAUCAAAGUUCCGCUUUGAAUUACUCUCACCGGUCCUUCAGCGUGAGGGAAUCAUGCUAGGCCCCGCCCCCUCGGACCUGGGCCACGCCCCCAUCAUAAAUCCGAUUAUCCUGACCCUGAGGAUUGCGAUUCCUAAGGCCCGGCCCACAGAAACUUCCUAAGACUCACCGCUGGGGCUGUCUCCUCUGGCUUUCCCUCUGGCUGUGCCCAGGUUAGCUUCUAAACCGACGAUUUUAGAAGCUGGGGUCUGAGGUUGCUGUCCUGAAAUCUUCAAUUUCACCUCUCCCGAGACCCACGGCUCCACGGAAGUUCAUGCCGACUCUCAGGAUUUAGGCUGUUUGCUUUGUUGUUGUUUUGUAAACCUGGACCUUUGCAAGCCCCCUCCUUCUUGGUACAAGAACUGGGACAUACUUGUUUGGUCUGGAACUAAACUCAGAUUUUUGGGGGCAACCUGUGCACUGUUUAUUUGGUCAAUAGAUUGCAUAUUAAUUCAGUGGGCCAGCCUAACUCCUCCUUCUCAUCAGAGAGGAGCAGAAAUUGAACAAACAAUAACCAGCUGUGAAUGAUUAUUAACAACGUAUGGCAAAUGCUUCAAACGUGAGACACCCCCCCACCCCCACCCCCGGUUCUGGGUGAAUCUGACAGAGGUAUGGGGAGUGGAGGGUCAGGAGAAGUCUGAGGUGGAAGUAAGAGCAGAAGUUGAGUGGACUGUGGGAAGGGAAGAGUGUCCCAGGCAGAGCCAGGAUCCGCGCCAGCUGAGGCCUGGGUUGGGGAAGGGCUCGCAGCAGAUUCAGUGUCUAUUAAAUGAGAUAAUCAGAAGUCAUCCAAACCGUGGAGCAGCGCGUGGAUCCGGUGCGAGCAUGCGCGAAGACAGUUGAGCCGCCGCAAGAGUCAUCCCAUCUGGAGUUCGAGGCCAGCUUGGGCCAGGUGGACACCCAGUCUCCUCAGAACCUCAGUCGAGCCCGGGAAGAGCACAGGGAGCAUUAGUUCUCACCUGAAGCUCAUUACAGUAACUGCUUGCCUCUGGGUGGGGGAAGCAGAAUGGAGGAAGGGUCGUGGACAGGGACAAACAGCGACAGGGAGUCAUGGUCCGUACGAGCAGGGGCGGGAAUGACGCGGUUACACCAGGCUUCUUACGAAUGGGGUGACUCCUGCCACGGGCUCGGUCGCCUUCCCACAACACCGCUCCGCUGUUUGGAUGGCUCUGAUUGUCUCAUUUAAUAGAUGCACAAACUGAGGUCUCAGAGGGAAGCAACUCACUCAACCCUCUUAUCGUGGGAUCUCAGCGCAGAUCCUAGGGUCUUUACUACAGCACGAGUCUGGCUUCCAACCCUAAGCCUCAGUCUAGUGUGGGGAGUCAGCAGGUGCCUGGAGAGGAUCUGCUGCGCUGAAUUUAAAGACUGUGGCAGUGGCAGAGCCGCCUUGUGUCCUGGGGCGACCCCUGGUGGCACGUUACGGGACCGCCCGCCGAUGUCCACUGUCCACGGUACAUGCCGGCUGAGUGGUAAAGUUACAAUCUCGUGUUCAGUCCGAGCCACUUGGCUCUCCGUGGUGCUGUGGCUCCCACAUUGUCGCUAGGAUGGAGGAACUCACCACGCCCAUCAUUCUCCAAAGUCGACUCAGUUUUUUUCAUAUGCAACCUUGCCUUCCUCCAGCAACAUGACAAAAACAAAACAACCUCAAAAAUUUGGUUUGGGCAGGCAAUAUUUGUGAGAUCUAAUCCUGGUAGGACCCUUUCCUAGAGGUGGCAUUAGGCACCGGACUGCUCUUCUCUGCCCCUCAAUUUUCCCUGGUAGUGUGAGUCUUACAGGAUCAUAAAACUCGAAAUUCAUGAACCCGGUGAAGUUGAAUAGAUGAAGGAGGAAGGGCGGGAUGGGGCUACGGUUCUAGCCACACCUUUACACUCUCCCGCCAGCCCUCUUUCUUAAAACAGGGUUUCAGGUAGCACCACUAGGCCUGUGUAUACAGUCUGUGUUUGAUUCUUUUGGGGAGGAGGCACCCUGUUUCUCUCACACGUGUGUAAGA